UGCUUCAAGUGUCGUGGAUGCGUUUCGGUCAGGGUGCACAUGGGAGUAACUUCGUCAUUCGGCUGCCUUUUAAUUUCGAGCUAUUUAUCCAGCUCACCACUAGCCUGCCGGUUGAUAAACCGAAUUUCAGGUAUAAGAGUCAACUUCCCGCACCGGCCUUCUUUCAUCUCCUCUGCAACGCGAAUGCAAUUCGAAUCGAUGAAACGGAUGGAGCAUAUGUGGAUCUUCUUCUCAUAAACCAUCUAGACAUUCCUUCAAGUGAAGUUACUGGCGAUAACUGAAAGAGGCAAAGGUUUUCAUGUACGAGCGUCUACUUCUCGGAAAUCGAAGGAACGGAUGGGGGAUAUGCCGAUGUUCUUGCCAUAAUCCAUCCCGACGUUCCUCCAAAUGAAGUUGCUGACAACAACGCAAAGCCUACACUUUCGUAUACACGAAUGGGCACACUUACGGUACGGUGUAUUCGAAGAGUAUGUCACACGUGGAGACUAAAUUUCCGGAGACCUAUUGCAAGGCAGGCACGCCUACGCUUUCGUAUACACGAGUGGGCCCACUACCGGUACGGUGUAUUCAACGAGUACGGCACACAUGGAGACCCAAUUUCCGGAGGCCUACUCCACGGCAGGCACGAAGCCGAAUGUCAGGUAUGAACGUCUACUUCUCGCAACGGCCUCCUUUUAUCUCCUCUGCGACGCGAAUGCAAUUCGAAUUGAUGAAACGGAUGGAGAAUAUGUCGGUUUUCUAGUCAUAAACCAUCUACACAUUCCAUCAAGCGAAGUUACUGGCGAUAACUGAAAGAGGCAAAGGUUUUCAUGUAUGAGUGUCUACUUCUCGGAAAUUGAAGGAAUGGAUGGAGGAUGUGCCGAUGUUCUUGCCAUAAUCCAUCCCGACGUUCCUCAAAAUGAAGUUGCUGACUAUAACGUAAAGCCUACACUUUCGUAUACACGAAUGGGCACACUUAUGGUACGGUGUAUUCGAAGAGUAUGUCACACGUGGAGACUCAAUUUCCGGAGACCUACUCCACGGCAGGCACGAGGCUGAAUGUCAGGUAUGAGCGUCUACUUCUCGCAACGGCCUCCUUUUAUCUCCUCUGCAACGCGAAUGCAAUUCGAAUCGAUGAAACGGAUGGAGGAUAUGUGGAUCUUCUUCUCAUAAACCAUCUAGACAUUCCAUCAAGUGAAGUUACUGGCGAUGACUGAAAGAGGCAAAGGUUUUCAUGUAUGAGCGUCUACUUCUCGGAAAUCGAAGGAACGGAUGGGGGAUACGUCGAUGUUCUUGCCAUAAUCCAUCCCGACGUUCCUCCAAAUGAAGUUGCUGACAAUAACGUAAAGGUCACGCUUCGAUCAGAAUACCGGUUCUUGCACACCGCUGCUAGCGGCUGAGUUCACUUCGAGAAGUCCAUCACUGAAUUUCCGAAAGCGUGGCCUAAGAGAAAGGAAAAACGAAGUGCGAAUCGGGAAUUCCUCAUUUUGUGGAGACGAUCAACCUUGCACGGUGACGUCAAAAGGCUGCGAGGAAAAGGGAGACUACAUUCCUAUUCAAGGCGAGUAUGUCCUAAACCACAGUUCCCUGAUGACGGAAAAAUAGAAAGCGCUGGUACGCAGCUUCUUUGUUGCUGUUAAAAGAUGAAAACAACAAAAAAUAAUCUGCCAUAACCCAUCUCAUCAUGAAUGUCGACGCUGACGCGAUUAGUAUUUAAUCAACAUUGCGACACACCGUAUUGUCGCCACCGAUAUUCGUCACGUGUCAAGCAUGUCUGUCUCCAACGUCCUCUCCCUCGUGCCUUCUGGAAGCGCCGGGUGUAGCAGCUUCGCUGCGAAGUCUUCACGUGACGCGCCUAUCUUGUGUGAAUGUCUAUGAAAGCAUCCUGUCUGAAUGUAUACCACGUGGUAUUUCAGCACCGGAAAGAAAUAUUUUAAGCACUUUUUUUCUUUUGGAGCACCGACGCAUGCCCAGUAUAUGCAGUGGUGCAUACGUAUACAGUGAAAGCUCGUUAAUUCGAACUUCAAUAAUUCGAAUUUAUGGAUAAUUCGAACUGUACGAUUUGGUCCGGCCAAGCUCCACAGAAGUCUAUGUAUAAAAAAGUCCGUUAAUUCGAACGCGAGAAGGUUCCCUCACGGAUAAUUCGAACUACGCUCGCCUGGCACACGGCUAGAGAAACGCGCCUACUGCCUACACGCAAGGCUGCAUUGCCUCCUAAACGGAGAGAACGGCGAGAGAAGGCAAAAUCGGAAAAAAAUCUAACCGACGCGGGGUCAGCCAGAAGGCAACGGCGGCUGCCGCCUCUCCGUUCUACGUAACCUUCGAGACUUCUUGCCCGUUGCGAAUCUCGGAGGCUUUCCAAAUCUUGUACAGCUGCUAAUGUUGUGCGGAAAUGGCACGGCAAGCGCCAAAACGCAGCUAAUCAAGUACGUCGCAGCUGCGCUUGCAAUCAAGAACCAACGAAUCAGGGCCUUCGCCACCUUCACAUGUUCAGCGUCUUUGUCCUGGCAGUCUUCAUCGGUUGUGUACCUCUGUUUUCAGCUUAGGAGGUAUCGGCCGUCGCGAUUCAUUGUGAUGGUGUUAAGCCUCGGCUAACGUUCGUUUCUGUGGACAUCGGUGAUGGCGUGUGCCCGCGGCACACGCCAUCACUUUCUGACACGCCAAAUUUCUGACAUUCCCUACUGCUUCCAAAUCGCAGUGUACUGUUGCUCUCCUUCACUUUCGUUAGUUCGAACUUUCGUUAAUUCGAACUGAAGCGGCUUCCCCUUGCGGUUCGAAUUAACGAGCUUUUACUGUAUAUAUAGCAAUGGGCUAAGUUGGCGCGAAAGAUGUUUGCAGGCGGCAGAUUGAUGACGGUGCCAGUGUGUAUUCCAUUGUGAGCGGAGAUGAUUACGAGAGGCGGCUGGCCAGCCGUGCUUUAGGCUACUGUUUGUGCUCGGUAGCCUGGAAGGUUCUCUCCGUAGCUCACGACUUGUCGAUUGUGCUCAUUCCUUGGCGCACAUUAUAGCACUGUUGCAGGUUCGUCGAAGAGCCGCGUGUUAGAGAUUUAUUCAACUGUCGCACACACCGAUCGUCACCGACAAGACAGAAGCUGAAUAAAGGGGUCAGUUCAACCUGGCUUAUACCAGCGCGCAAGCCCAAUGCCCGACCUGUUAGGUCAUACACUUCCAAGUAAGCCAAGUUGGCGUGAGAACUGUUAGGGACGUUGAAGAUAAUAUAAUGAGAGUCUUACGAGAAAAAGGUUAGCUAGCCCGCUUUUUCGACGUUGCCUUUGCUGAGUAAUCCCAAAUCACUCAGCAUGACCCGGUAAGUAAGCAGAAUAUUUAGGAGAGUGUUGUUCUUAAUUUUGUCGAAGGUUCGGCAGUCUUACUGCACAGAUUUCACAUACCUUUAAACAACUUGGGAAACUGAGUGGUCGAUGAUAACUAACCAGCACGCGCAAAAUACACUCCCGUGGAUGUCGUCCUCACAACGAACGAUGGCUUUUAAAUUGUCAAUAUAUGUCGCAGAAAAUAGCUGGAUGUAGAAUUUGAUUAUCUACCAAUACAAGCCAUCACAAUGAGAGCGUUUCGAGAUCACCACUUAGUGCACCUGAGAACAAUACUGUUUCGCAUGACCUAGUCCUGUCGCGCACUACAUGUUAAGAGUGGCCAUCACUGAAGGCACCAGAUUUCACAGUGGAUACGAAGCUUAAAAACAUUGUUGUGCUUGCAAGGGCUACUGAAUCUUCCACAUGGCGCUAUUGAAAACGAAGGGCAUGCAAAAUAAAAAGAAAAAUGCCCAAUUGGACUGCGUAAUAACAAAAGUUCUGCAUGACAAUGUAAAAUGAGAACUGGUUGCGUUGCCAAAUAAAGGCUGAGGCAAUUUCACGCAAGAAUAUUCGCCGGCACGUAUAAUGCUAACAGCGAAAUUUUAACGGGUGCCAUAGAGCAUUGGUAUCUGGUAGUUUCCAGAGCUUACGCUUGCAUUUGCUGUGCUCACUUAGUCGUACCCUGUUAUGCUUCGUCUCCUUUAGCUCUAAAUAUUUUCAUUUCAGUUAGACAGGUGCUGUCAAAGAGCUUUCAAUUUUACUUUCGGGUGGUGCAGUUUCUGUGUACGUAUUGCUGUUUAUGAACGCGCAUUGGAGAGCAGAAAUUGAAGGUGUGCUUUAAUGCAUGCGUUCACUUCACGACCUCAUUUUUUCUUCCAGCCUACGCUUUUGUAUACACGAGUGGGCCCACUACCGGUGCGGUGUAUUCGAAGAGUAUGGCAGACAUGGAGACUCAAUUUCCGGAGACCUACUUAUCGGCAGGCACGGUCACGCUUGGAACAGAGUGCCGGUUCUUGCACACAGCUGCGAGCGGCUGAGUUCACAUCGAGAAUUUCAUCAAUGAAUUUCCGAAAUCGUGGCCUAAGAGCAAGGAAAAACGAAGUGCGAAUCAGGAAUUCCUCAUUUGUGGAGACGGUCAACGCUACACGGUGACAUCAAGAGGCUGCGGUGAAAAGGGAGACUACAUUCCUCUUCAAAGCGACCUACACUUUCGUAUACACGAGUGGGCCCACUUUCGGUACUGUGUAUUCGACGAGUACGGCACACGGGGAGACUCCAUUUCCGGAGACCUGCUUCUCGGCAGGCAUGCCUACGCUUUCGUAUACACGAAUGGGCCCACUUUCGGUACGGUGUAUUCGAAGAGUACGGUACCCGGGGAGACUCAAUUUCCGGACGCCUACUCCUCCGCAGGCACGGGACAACGUGUUUCCCGAGAAGCGAAGUGCGAAUCGGGAAUUCCUCAUUUUCCGGAGACUGUCAACGCUACAAGGUGACUUCGAGAGGCUGCGGAGAAAGGGCGACUCCAUUCCUCUGCAUACUGCAUACUGCCUAAAGCUGAAUCCUCCGUGGACGGAAAAAAAAAGAAGAAAGUGCUGCCUAUACUUUCGUAUACACGAAUGGGCCCAUUAUCGGUACGGUCUAUUCGACGAGUACGGCACACGUGGAGACUCAAUUUCGGGAGACGUACUCCUCGGCAGGCAUGUCGGAUGGCGUUUCUGAGAGCGUCACUCGCUCUUACACCGUGGUUAUUCUGCUUGGUGAACGUUCGCUCUGGAACUACGGACGAAAAUGACGGUGCCUACACCAAUAUCAUGGUAUCGAUACACCCGGAUGGUAUCCGACGAAGACAGUGUGCGGAAUCUGGAGGCACGGCCUACACUUUCGUAUACACGAAUGGGCGCAUUUACGGUACGGUGUAUUCGACGAGUACGGCACACCUGGAGACUCAAUUUCCGGAGACGUACUCCUCGAGAAGCACGCCUACACUUUCAUAUACACGAGUGGGCCCAUUAUCGGUACGGCGUAUUUGACGAGUACGGCACACGUGGAGACUCAAUUUCCGGAGACCUGCUUCUCGGCAGGAACGAGGCUGGUCGACGACGCAAGGGCGACAAGGAGCGGCGACGGGGUGAAGGUCUUGCUUGGAUCAGCAUGCUAGUUCUUGCACACAGCUGCGAGUGGCUGAGUUUACUUCGAGAAGUUCAUCGCUGAAUUUCCAAAAUCAUGGCCUAUGAGAAAGGAUCCACAAGUCCUAUGGAAAACGUGUUUCCCGAAAAGCGAAGUGCGAAUCGGGAAUUCCUUCUUUAGGGAGACGCUCAACGCUACACGGUGACAUCGAGAGGCUGUGCAGGAAAGGGAGACUACAUUCCUCUUCAAACCGAGUAUGUCCUAAGCCGGAAUUCUGUGCCGACGAAGAAGAAGAUAGCGUGGGUACGCAAGUUACUUGUUGCUGUUAAAAGCCUGUACUUUCGUAUACAUGAAUGGGCCCACUUACGGUACGACGUAUUCGACGAGUACGGCAAACGGGAAGACUCAAUUUCCGGAGGCCUACUCCUCCGCAGGCACGCUUACACUUUCGUUUACACGAGUGGGCCCACUUUCGCUACGGCGUAUUCGACGAGUGCCGUACACGGGGAGACUCACUUUCCGCACGCCUACUCCUCGGGAGGCACGAAACGCGAGGUGUCCUAAUGGAUUGAAGCCGACGAAUGGAGAGCCCCCUGAAGCUCAAAUGAAUGAAGUAAUUGUCGAACCAAUAGGCGACGACGUUUCAUAGAAAGAAUUUGGUUGAAAUUGCUUCUUUUCAUACAUUAAACAUUCUUACAUAAUA